AUGGAGUUCGUACUACGACUGCAGUUGUUCGCCUUGAUUUCAGCAACAGUCGGACUAUGUCUGGUCGGUGUCGAGGUAAAUAUAAUAUAAUAUCUGUAUCUAAUAAUAAUAUUAUAUCGCAUACGUUAAAUAUACAAUAUUAUUAAAAUAAUUAACAAAAGAUUAAAUUAUCCGUUUUUUGUAUUAUAGUAAGUUUUUUUUUUUUUUAUCUAAACCAUUUUCAAAAUCAUAGUUUUGCAAUUUUUUUUAAAAAAUAGCUCAUUUACACGAAAAGGUUUUCGACCCCUAUCUAGAUUCUUGAUAGUGCAAUGAGGAUAUAAUUUUCAAUUUUCCGAAAAUGGUUAGCUUAAUAAUUGUGGAAAACGUGUAGAAAAAAAAUGAACAUUUUUCGAUUUGUUGUUAUUCAUUUAAAAAUAAUCGUAGAGACAUUCUUAGAAUACUUACUUGUGUCGGGCUAUUCGAGAUAUAAUACAAUUUUUAUAUUUGAUAUUUUCUUCUUUUUUUUAUUUAGUGUUUUUAACAUUUUAUUGGCUCUCAGAAAUGAUUACAAAUUACACACAAGGUCCAUUAUAAGUUGUUCUUAGUGGUAACAAAUUGAGCGUUAGAAGUAGUUUGUUUUAUAAGUGUUUUAAGUUAAAAUGUUGACGACAAUUUAAAGAAGUUUUUUUAUAAUAAUGUUCCAUAAUACGAAUAAUAAUAUAUGAGUAUAAUUAUAAUAUAAGAGCUAUCUACUAUCUAAGGCCUCUAAUAUAUAUAAAUAGUUAAAGCCCGUGCUUUUUCUGUUUUUUUUUUUUAGAUAUACAUUAUAUUAUAAAUACUAUCAAAUUCCAACCCUUGUUUGAUCGUUUAUAAUUUUAGAAUAUUAUAAUUGUGUAUCAAGACACGUUUCGUCAAAUAAUUUCUUUUCGCAGUAAACGUUUCAACGCCAGUUAUCAUAAUGUUUACGUAAUUAUGCGAGGUGCCAUACCUCGACAAAUUUCACUGUGUCUACUGUCUGUAUAAUAUUAUUUCCUGUGGUAAAAAAAAUAAAAUAAAAUAAACUAUUAACCGCGAGGCAGAACAAAGUUUGAUUAAUCGAUGGCGUUUACCCAGUCGAUACAGAUUUUUCACGUGUAAAAAAAAAAAAAAUAAAUAUAACUGAGAUUUCCUAAAGCGUUCCCCACAUCUGACUAAACGUGUGUUCACUACACGCUGUUAAUGAUGGUACGCUUCACAAGUGUAUCUACCUAAUAUGGUAAUUUUAUGAUGUAAAACAUACAAAUUUACGUAUUUAAUCGUAUUAGGUUUAUAUAUCACCUUUAAUUUGAUAGCAGUUAUCAAAUUAAAGUAUUGAUCGCAUACAAAAUACUUACAUAUCAAAUAUAUUCUUCAUCGUCCCACUAUCAAAAUCGACGGUGACAGUGUUCCGCACUCGUAUUGAUAAGUUUACGUUACACCUUCAUACGUAAUUUGCGUUAUCUACUACAGUAUUGCGCUGAUGAAGAUAGGUAAUAGCCGCCAAAAAAAGUAUGUCAGUGCAGAUAAUUGAAAAACGCUAUUGUACGAGUAGUUACGAUUGUGAUUUAUUGCUAAGUCUCGUGUUGUAAUAAUAUCAAUGUGCGUAGGCCGUUCCGGCCUCCCGACAACAAAAUACAUUCGUGGAACUGGACGCGAAGCUAUUGGAUCGCAUCGAGCUAGCGAUCGAGGAGAUUGCGAGAAAUUCGACAAAAGAAUUCGUUGAACACGAAGUUCAAGCCAUGAUCGAUUUAUUCGUACACAAUUUAAACAUCACCAUCGACGAAGUAUGCGAAUGGCUAAUUAUUAUAUAUUAAAUAUUAUUAUUUUUAGAUUCUUAAUGUAGAAAGGAAUGUUUUGGUUUUAAUAUGAUCUGUGUUUUUUUUUUUCAAAAAUUUUAAAUUUUUUACCAUAAAUCAAAUAUAUAAACAAUUGAGCUUUUGUUAUAGCAUUUUGAAUCUUGUUGGUGAAUUGGGGAAGUAUUUAUUUUUUUAUAUAUAUUCCAAGCAGAUAAGAGAAUUAUUUCACAAUAAGAGAAAUUCGAAUAGGAAAAAAUAGAUAAAUUUACCGCAAUAGAAAUUUCAUUAUUUUCAAAUUUUUUUUUUUGGAAAUUUGGUUUAAAAUAAUCUUAAUGACCUGAAAUUUUCAAAAUAUACUUAUAUUGACAUUUUCUAGAUAUGAUAAAAAUGAUAAAAUUUUAAAUUAAAAAUUGAAAUUAAAAAUUUAGCAUAAAAAAUACUCGACAAUUCUACUCAACAUUCAUCAUCAUGUUUAAUUAGUGGUAAAAAAAAAAGGGUGAGCGUAAUGUAGUAAUAUUUUUUUAUUUAUAAGCUUAUAGAAUUUAUAGUUCAAAUUUUAAUGGAAAUCGUAAAAUAACGGCAUUUCAAAACAUGUUUAACCGAACAUCACUCAGAAUCGUAUUUCGUCAGCAAUGAUUUAUCGUAACAUAAAAAUAUAAAUUAUCUUUUUGUAUCCUACCUUCUCAACGUCUCACCUACAAAAAUUUCACUACCAUCAGCAGAAUUAGCUCUUUUCUUUUUAUUAAACGUUUUUAGUAACUAUUCAUACAUCUUGCAUUGAGGUUUGCUUUUUUUAGUUACAACAAUACACCGGUCUCCGGAAUACUACCGACUACGACGAUAUGCGAAUGAAAGAGUUACAGAAAAAAGGACUGAUUAUGUACGAAAAUACAGCCAUCACCGAAGAAUACGUGAUUUAUAAAAUCGACGUUCUGACAAAGUCAAUCGAGGAACUCGAACAGCUCGAAAAAUAUAUAAUCGACGAGGAAAAAGUAAUAAUGUAUAAAUAUUUUUCUUCUUCAAUUUUUUUUUUUUACAUUUUGGAAAAAUUCUCAAGCGUAAACAUGCUAUGUAUGAUGUUUACUUUAUCAUAUAAUGGGUAACAUAUCAGUGUCAAAAAAAGCCAAAUUCGAAAAUUCUAUAAUUCGAUUGUGAAAACAUUUUUGCGGUGGACAACUUUAAUCUUUCCGUAUUUAUAUAUUUUUCAUUAACAAUAAUUUUAUCUGUGACAUAGCGUUCCCUUUUUAAUAUUGCUAAUCAAUCAUUUUUUAUAAGUAUAUAUAUUUUUGAAACUAAAAUUACCGAACGUUUACAAAUCGAUAAAUUCAAUCGCAUUAAAGGUGGCGAAAUAAUAAGCAAGCUGUGAAACAAAACAAUUUAUUUUCAGCGUGCCGUGCAAUAUUGGUUGUUUUAUUAUAAAUUCGGAAAGGGUAGAGUUAUCCCGCGUAAAAGGUUUUUGUAAAUAUUUUAGUUUAAACAACGUUUACAUAAAAUCUACUUGCGAUAAGGACGCGGGACUAAUAUUGUACAAAAACUACACACAUAAUUUGAUUACUUUUGAACUGAUCAAUUUCCAAUUUUUCAUUUCAUAAAAUCCGCUUAUAUACCAGACUUUAAUACGUCCGUAUUCCAUUUUUUUAAAAGGACCACUACACAUUGAUUUCUCGGUGUGUCGCAAGAGUAAUCGGCAACAAAUACAUUUUGCACUUCAACUAUUGUGACUGUUUGGCUAUGUUCAAGGAAAAAGUUUCAAUUAUAUAUUUUACAAAGAAGAGUACUAUGCUUUAGCCUAAUGAUAUUUUUAUAAUUUUUAUUUGUUAAUAAGUUAUUAAUGAUUAAAAUAGGAAAAAAUUUAGUUAUAUUAAAACACGCAUUUUAAAUUCUGAGCGGAGUGUGGAAUGUACUGGUUUUACAAUGGUGUUUAAAUUUUUAUUAUUAUUUUUUUUUUUUGUGAACAACUUUUCCAUCAGAAAUUUUGCUCCAAUUUUCAUGUGUAGCACUUUUUAAAAAAAAAAUUCUACUGAGGUGGUCUUCUAAAGAAGCAAUUUUUUGAUUUUCUUACCUAUAGAUAUACAUUAGAUUUCCCUCUAUAUUCUACCUUCCCGAUUUCUCUACAACAGUGGCCCACUCACCAUGUGAAAUAUUUGUUAUUAAAUAUUGUGUUAUUGACAUUUUUUUUUCUAAAAUGUUUACCUAAAUUUCAUUGGUCUGCUACGCACAUGUUAUUCGUCUACUUCCAAUGAUAUAAAUGACAGAAGGACAUCUGAAAAAAAAUGUGCAACAUGUUCAUUGCGUUUGAUUUGUAUUCACUUUUACGACCUAAAACAUUUUUAAAACGAUUAUAUGGAAUAUGUAUUUUAGAGAUUUGAAAACGAGUACAGCUCGAAACAAACGUAAAUCUAUUUUUUGUUUUCUGGCUAAUCAGUUUCGGUACAGCGGUUAAAUGUACUUUACACGUUGGUUAUAUUAUUAUAAUAAUAUAAUUAUAUCAGUUUUCUUUACUAAACCAUUCAUUAAACACAUAUUUUAAUGUUCUUUUUCAGAGAUUAAAAGAUCUUUCCGACGAUUCAUUGCAAAAAAAAAUAAAAUCGGUUUUGGAAAAAAUACAGACUACGAAGAGGUUUAUUGGUAAACAUGUAGAUCAUCUUAGAGAAGUGGAUGAUGUCUUAAAGGGUCUUGGAAAAAACCUGAUGAACACAUUGAAAGUUUCUAACUGGGUAUUGCCUUCACAUAAAGCGAAAUAA